CAUUUAUUUUGUGCAAUAUCAAGUAAAUUUACAAUGAAUUUUGAUGGAAAUUAAGAUAAAGAUUAAGAUCGUCGACAGUUAAAAAAAAGUGAAAUUGGAGCUGAAUACUGGAGAACAGAGACGGAGCUAGCUAGUAGCCAGGGGGUAGCAUGUGCUAUCCCUUAAAAUCAUUGGAAAAGCGUAAAUAAAAUUGAUGUUGCAGAGGUACUACUCAUUAGAUGUGUCUGAGGAAGAUGAAGAAUCAAUGGAAAUAGUCACACAAGGACUGUUUCACUUGAAAUUAGUCGGCCUGAAAGGCGAAUCCAUAAACAUGACUUCAUCAACGGGAGUUUCAUCUGUUGAUUGGGUGGAAUUGUCGGUACUUGAACAAAACCAUUUGCCACUUACAUCCAUUGAUGUGAACAUAAAACUUAUAAGGAAUUUUUUGUGCUACUCCUGCCGAAAAUUUCUAGUUUCGCCCCUGCCGGAAGAGAUUUCUUAAAGAUAAAUCUAAGUUCAAGAAAAAUAAUUUAUGAGGUGGAGUUACUUGUGGAAUAUGCG